CUGAUGAAGACUCAUGUUACUGGAUGGGUUUGUGAUAUAGAUUACUCUUGUUGUUACUAUUACCAUGAUACAUGUUAGAUAGCCCUGGCGGAUGGUUUGGAUUUGUCUUUUUUUUCUCUUUGUAUUAUUGUAUUAUCUUGGGGAACAUGUACCAUUUAGUCCACCCAUCCAUCCACCCGUGCGUGAAAGUACAUACAUACCUCUGGUAACCUCUAUCGUACCUUCCUUCGACUAUUCCCCCGUAUGCCCAGUUUCAAUAGAAUCAACGUAAAUGUAUUCAAUGUAUCACGCUCAAGCUGACAACACGCUU